AUGACGCUGAGCGAUGAGGAGGAGGUCCGGCCACUGCGGCUCGAAGAAGCGCAGCUAGACCGGCCUAUAGGGCAUCGAGUGAAGGUGUCAGCUCUUGCCGUGGCCCUGUGCCUCGGGGCCGGGGCGCUCUGGAAAAACACGGUGCCUUGCAAGCCUGGGUCACCUGGGCUGCUGCAGGCUAAGUUUGCUACCGAUGUGGAUGCACAGAUGGCUUUAAAAGUGGAGGGCCUCCGGAGCGUGACAAACAGGAGCCUUGCCGAUGGCAUCGUUAUGAAUGCGAUGAAGUCUGCGGGCAAGGACUAUGCGAAGCAUUAUGAGGCACACCAGGUGCGACAGCUUCCUGAAAGUCCUGUUGAUGCUGCCCGCAGCAUGAUCUCGUAUGACGAGAUCAGGACCUAUAGAGCUGAAAAGAAGGCAAAGAGGGCAAGAGAGGCCAAGAAGGCUUUCUGUGCCUUCAAUGUGUUGGAAGCCUUCAUCUCUAUCAUGGGCAUGGGUGAUGAUAUCAACGCCAUCAUCCGCACCUGUCCACCUCCUCGAGAUGGCGAAUCGGAGUUGGCGUGCCAAGUGAACGGUGCCAUCCUGGUCGCAUGGGUUGGCAAUUUGGCGGCCAAGCUGUCCUUUGCCGCCUCCAACUGCGCGAUCACCACCAACGUGAAUGCUCUCUGCUCCGUAGGUGUCACAGGCCUGGUCUCCGCCAUGGGGGAGCUGGCAGCCACGGCAUCCCUGGCGGCUGCCACCUGUGUCCCCACACCACCCAGCCUUACGACGACCAAGAUCAGUGUGCUGGGCGACCAGACUGUCCGCGGUGCGCCGGGACGACGGCUGAUGAUCGGUGAGGGUGCCGUCGGGAACGGCGUCCAGUGCGGCAUCGACGUGGGCAUGGUUGUGACGAAUAUCGCCAACAUGGGCUUGGCCAUUAACGGUGCCGUCAACUCAGGAAUGUGCGGUUGGAGAGCAAAGGCGUCCCCUUUGAACAAGCUCACCGGAAUCCCGGAGGCGCUGUGCACCGUCGACAUCGGCGGGGCGGUGACGUACAUCAGCCAGGUCGUGACCUUCAUUAACUUGAUCGUUGUUCACUGCAACGAUUUCCUUGAUAUCAGUGCCCUCUGUGGGGCCAGCGUGGCAGGGAUCACUACUGCGGCGGCCGCUAUUUCGCCAUAUGGUGCAGCCGUCCAUGCUGCCUGCCGAGAGAAUCACAUAGCCAAGAGCCCAAAGCUCCAGGCGAAGAUCAACGGUCUCUAUGAUGUGCCCGAUGUGCCCAGGCGCCUCACCGAACUCAAGGAUGCUAUGGCAAGUGUUCGAGAGAUCCGUGGGCGGCUGGAAGAAGAGCUGGGCUUCAAUGCAUCCUCCGCUCGGGGUGACAGCUUCUCGGAAGCGAACAUGGAGAUGCUCCUACACCUCAUGGAGGGCGAGUCGGGCCAGGAGAAGGCUUCCACAGGCCUUUGGCCAUUUUCGCAAUGCGAAGCGUGA